CUUUAGGAAUGUAAAUUUUCAAGAGCUGUAUGCUUCAUGCAAGUGAAGCUUAUUAUUUUUAUUGCUGAUUAAUUUCACAGUUACCACAGUGACUUCAUUCAACCAAGAGUUCAAAUUUAAAAAGUAGCGAAACAUAAACAGAAUAAAGAAAAAACUGGAAAUUUUAAAAUUUAAGAAGCUGAAACCCUUGAAUGUGUCCAAAUGUUUCCCGGCUGCUGUUUAUGAAAUGAAUUAUUAAAACAUUUUUCAUGUGAAACUCACAUCUACAGAUUCACCGCUGAUAAUAUUUUUGUCGCUCUCUCCCUCAGUGGGAUCAUGAAGCCAGGUCUCAACGCCAUUAUGGGAGCGACAGGAAGCGGGAAGUCAUCGUUUCUUGAUGUUCUGGCAGCUAGAAAGGACCCUGCAGGUCUGUCAGGAGAGGUCCUGAUUGACGGAGCCCCUCAGCCCCCAAACUUUAAGUGUCUGUCUGGCUAUGUGGUUCAGGAUGAUGUGGUGAUGGGGACUCUGACGGUCAGAGAAAACUUCACCUUCUCUGCAGCCCUGCGGCUCCCAUCAAGCAUCAGCCAUAAGGAGAAGAAGCAGAAAGUUGACAGACUGAUCAAGGAGCUUGGACUGGGCCGAGUGGCCGACUCCAAGGUGGGCACUCAGCUGAUUCGUGGGAUUUCUGGUGGCGAGAGGAAGAGGACAAACAUUGGGAUGGAGCUGAUUAUCGACCCGCCUGUCCUCUUCCUGGAUGAACCCACCACAGGCCUCGACGCCAGCACGGCCAACUCUGUGCUGCUGCUGCUCAAGAGGAUGGCAAACAAUGGUCAUACCAUAAUCCUCUCCAUCCACCAGCCUCGAUACACCAUCUACCGCCUUUUCGACAGCCUCACCCUGCUAGUCAACGGUCAUCAGGUUUAUCACGGCCCAGCACGGAGUGCACUGGAGUACUUCUCUGGCAUUGGAUACAUCUGUGAGCCCCACAACAACCCUGCUGACUUCUUCCUGGAUGUCAUCAACGGAGACUCGACCGCCGUCGUCCUCAACAGUGGGAAAACAGAAGAUCCAGAUCAAGAGCUGGAUUCAGAAUCGAUGUCGAAGUCCCGAAGAGGGAUUGGGGAGAAACUGGUGGAGGAGUACAGAAACUGUCAACACUUCAAAGAGACCAAAGCAGAGCUGGAGAGGAUCGUCCAGGGAAAGAAGGUGGUCACUACUACUCCCUUCAGAACCAUCACCUACACCACUGGCUUCUUCACGCAGUUCAGAUGGGUUCUCAAGAGGACAUUUCGCAACCUCAUACUCAACCCACAGACCUCCAUCGCCCAGGUAGCAGUGACAAUCUUCCUCGCUCUGGUUGUUGGAGCCCUUUUCUUCAAUGUCCAGAAUGAUUCGAGUGGGAUUCAGAACAGGACUGGUGCGCUGUUCUUCGUCGUCAUGAAUCAGUGUUUCAGCUCCCUGUCGGCUGCUGAACUCUUCAUCGCAGAGAGGAAAAUCUUCACUCAUGAGUAUAUCAGCGGUUACUACAGGGUAUCGGUCUACUUCCUGUGUAAGAUCCUGUCUGACAUCAUCACGCUGAGGACCAUCCCCGCUAUCGUCUUCACCUGUGUGGCAUACUUCAUGGUUGGUCUGAAGCCGACAGCUGGGGCUUUCUUCUUCUACAUGCUCACCGUCGCUCUGUGUGCCUACACUGCCACCUCCAUGGCUUUCGCCAUCUCAGCUGACCAGACAGUGGUGGCCAUCGCUAACAUCUUUAUGACAAUCACCUGCGUCUUCAUGAUGAUCUUUGCAGGACUGCUAGUGAACAUCCCCUCCAUCGCCAGCUGGCUCGCGUGGUUAAAGUACUUAAGUAUACCCAGAUAUGGCCUCAGUGCUCUGCAGGCUAAUGAGUUCACCGGGCUGACAUUCUGUGAUAAAAUGAAUACCACUCUCGACCAACAAUAG